UUAAAAAUUGCGGGGGAAAUGGCAAAACAAGGAGUCGAAGGAAGCGAUAUGGGAGCGGAAUACUUACUUUCGGAGUUUGCCUCGUUGAGAAAGCGGCUGUCAGAGACGGAAAGAAAGCUAAAGAGGGAGGAAACGACACACAGUUCACCAGAGAAAGGUCCCGGCCUUUCACUCUCAGACCUAACACCAUCCUCUCACCACGAGAGACAGAGCGAAUGGAGAGAAUCAACCAGUAGACGUGGGAUAUUUCUAGGACAACCAGUUGGUAAUGAUGGAGAGCCAAUGAGACGUAAACUUGCGCUGUUAAGGCAGGAAAACUGCCAGCUAUUCAGUCAGAAUCACAGUCUCUUGAGUGAACUGGAGGACACGAGCUAUCAGCUGGUACAGAGUCAGAACAGAUUGAGUGAAAUGAGCGAGCAUCAGCCAGCGUUGAGAGAACACCUCGUGCAUCUCGAGAGUCAAAUCACGACGAAAGAGAGAGAAAUCAAAGCAUUAGAGAGAAGGUUAGAUGAUAGCCAGACCGACAUUGAAACAAAACAGAGUGAAAUAGAUCAACUAAAUGCUCAGUUCUUGGGUGUUGAUGGAGAGAGACAAACACUGUUGUUUCAACUGCAAGCUCUCAAGUCAGAAAGCAGUGAGAAGGAGGGUGCUUUAGAGGCAUGUAAGUUGAACUUGAGUGAAAGCGAGAAUAAAUUUGAGAGAGAGAGGUUAAAGUUGAUAGACGAAAUGGAGAUAUUGAGGAAGCAACUUGAAGGGAAGGAAGAGUGUGAGGUGGCAUUGAGAGAGAAACAGUCUCAUGUGAAUGACUUAGAAGAAGAGUGUAGACGUUUGCAAAUGUCAUAUCAGUCUGAGAGAGAACAUUGUGACAGUAUUUGUGAACAGUUUUCUCAUCUUGAAGUAACCAUAUCUCAUCAGAGUGAAAGAUUGUCUGAGCUAGAAAGUGAAAGAAAGAACGUUUAUGAUGAGAACAAGAGAUUAAAGGACACGAUACUUCGACAGAGUGAGAAACUUUCUCAAUGCGAAAGAGAAAUAGAACAAAGCAAACGAGACUUGCAUCAGUUGACCCACAAAGUGACAAUGAACACAAGUAUGCAUACGACAGGAUACCACAGUCUACAGAGUCUCCACAACAGUCUAGACAGCACAAAGUGUAACAGAGAAAUGAGACAGGAAAUAAGCAAGAGAGAAAAGGUGAUUGCAGAGAUGGAAGACAAAUUGAGAGCUGCUCAUCGAUUGGUCAGUGAAAAAUCAUCUUUGUGUGCAAGACAAGAAGGGCAGAUGGUUCAGUUGGAGAGACAGUUAGAGAAAGCUACGGGAGACGGCAAAGACAGCAGAAUUGGCAAGUUGAAACUUCUUCAUGCAGAACAAUGUAAGGAGUUGGAAAGUCAGAUAGAUGACCUGGAAAGCAGGCUGAAGGCACAAAAUCAAGAAACAACUAUACAGGAAACUCAGAUUAGAACACUAGAGAGAGAAAGAGAGGAGCAGAGACACGAGGUGGUCAAUCUGAGAGAGAUAGUCAGUGACCUAGAACAGAGAGCUCAGACUUUGGAUGAGGUAGCUGCAAAGAGAGACGCAAGAGUGCAACUGUUAGAGAAGGAGGUAAAGGAAGGUAGUGAGAUGAUAGAGAGAUUGCAGGAGAGUUUUGGAGAAUACAAACAGGAAGUGGAACUCAAGCUAUCCGAAUGUGGAGAAGAAGUGAUGGAGAAAACACAUAAAGUGAAAGAACUCGAGCAAAGGAUAAGACAAGAGCGAAGCCUGAUGAGACAGAAAACACGACAAGUUGGUGAAUUAGAAGAAAGGCUAACAGAGAGACAGAGAAUGCUGGAAGAGAGCAGCAAACGAGUCGGCGAGCUAGAGGAGAAGCAGAACGAGUGGCAGAGACAAGUUGCUGUUCUAGAGCAAGAAGUAGCACAGAACAGAGAGGCAAAGAACGAAAUAGAGCGCAGACUGGAAACACUGAAGAAUCACUCUACGGGCGAAAUAGAAAGAUUGGUGAGAGAAAGAGACACCAACAGAGAGAGGAGAGUCGAAAGUGAGAGGCGAGAGGCAGAGGAGAGGAGAGAAAGAGAGAAAGCAGAGCGAGGAUUGGAAAGAAAGACAAGAGACUACGAAGUCGAGAGAAACAGACUCAUCGAGUUGACGAAAGAACUUGAGCAUGAAAAGACAGGGAGGAGAGUGAGUGAAGAGACCAUGAAGAGACUCAACAAAGAACUAAGUGAUAGAGACAGCAGAGCAGCUGAAAUUGAAGUCGACAUCGAGAGACAACGAGCUGACAUGGUGGAGAAAGACAGACUAAUAGAAGAGCUCAAUCAAGCUCUUGUUAGUCUACAGAAAGAGGUCACACAGAGAACAGAACAGGUCAAGCAGUUGGACCAGUUUAUGAGGCAAUUCAAGGCAGACAAGGAGCAGAAAGUGAGUCAAAUGGAACGCCAACUCGCAGCCAGUAAAGCGAGCAGUGCAGCUAAACAAGCAAAGGUCAAUGAGUUGGAGACAGUUGCAAGCCAACUGAGAGAUGCAGUCAAACAAAGGGAAGGAGCCGUGGAGGAAGGUUCAAAAAUGAGAGAAGAAAUGAGGGGGAAACUCCACGAACUAAACAGAGCAAAAUUGGAAGCAGAAAAGUUGAGUGUUGAACUGCGGGAAGAGGCAGGGAGACUGAGACGAGAAAUGGGUGAGACGAGUCAGGAGCUUCGUGUGAGUCGAGAGAGACAACACAAAGUGGAGCUCGAGAAGGCAGACGUGGAACGAAUGGUGAAACAGUUACAAGCGGCAAACAACAGGCAACUGGAUGAGACGGAGACGAUGAGGAGAGAAAUGAUGACAACGAGAGAGACGGUGGAGAAGAAGGAGAAAGAACUGAGAACGACGAGAAGUCGAGAGAAAGACACAGCAAGACAACAAGCGAGCGAGUUACGAGCCAUACAGCAACAGCUGGACGUCAUCCAGCAGCAACACAAGGACGAAAUCCAUCGACUCGAAGAGAGUCAUGCAAGAGUCAUCGCAGCCAAAGAACAACAAGCUGCAAGUCACCGCAUGCUCAUCCAGCAGAUCGAAGAAGAACGAGCAGCCGAAAGCGAGGAGUUUAGACGAUGCAAAGAUCAAGCUGUUAGUCUCUCAACCGACAUGCUCUCUCAACAGGAAUACGUGGAGAGAGCUAAGCAGGAUGCGAUCCUCAAGGAAGCAGAGAUAACUCGACUAUCUACACGACUGGCAAUGUUCGAACGACAACAGCAACAAGCUGCAGUGAGAGAGUCGUUGAACAACUCGUCAAUGAGUCAAUCAUCAGAGUGCAGUGAUGCUCACACAGCGAUCCCUCUGUCUACAUCCUUAUCCUUUCCUUCGGCUUCGACCCAAUCUCUAAUUGGGAAGUAUACAUCACCGAAUGCGAGCACAAUACAUCAGGCAAUGUCGGUGGAGGAACAAUUGGAGAGAAGCCGUGCCUUGUUAGACUCACUUAGGCAGCAGGCAACAGACAAACAUGUACAAAACGACCACAAAUCAGUGGAUGCAUCGCCAAGUGUGGCUGCGACACCUAAAGACGUCAUUGAGGUUUAG